UUCUGGAAUGGGAAUGUGUGAGAAUCACCUGACCAAACAAACGCGCCGGAAUCAACUACAGUAGUUGUAGGAAUCGCUUGACCAAACAAACGUGUCCCGUGCGGAAUCAUUUUUCUGCGAUCGAUAAAAUAACUCAAAAAUGCCUGGUAAAAAGCGGGGGAUGGCGGCAAACACAGCACGUCCAAAACCUCACCAGGUUUCCAUAGUGAACGUGACCCACCAUGUACACGCGUGUGCACCAAACAAAAAUCAAAGUAAUCACUGCUGUUUUUUUUGUUGAAGACAAGAGCUUGCCGGUCAUGGAUGUACACGACCAAGAACUACUUUUGGCCGUUCUUCCGAUCAUUGUUUUCGAGUUUCUUUGGGACGAUGAUGACGAUGAUGAUGAGGCCGAGGAAGAUAUUCUUGUACCGCUGCUCCUCGCCAUUCUUGGGCUGAGGGAGAAAAGGGACUCCGUUCCACGCAUCGCGAACUAUACGGAAUUAACAGUGACAUUAUUCAAUGAUAAGGACUUCCACGAGCUUUUCCGCAUGAGACGCGGCCCGUUCGAACUCCUGACAGAAAUAUGUGCAAACUGCAACGGUGUUCUGCCUCUCACGCAUAUUGCUGGCGGUCGUGUGCCUACAACUCCAACGAAGCACCUGCUCAUUACGCUAUGGAUUUUGGGAAACCAAUGCUGCAUUCGUGAUGUUGCGGACCGAUUUGGUGUCUCCAAAUGGACUGUGUGGACCGUCAUUCGUCGGGUGUGCACCAUCUUGGUGAAUUAUCUUGCACCAAAGUUCAUAAAAUGGCCAACAGGGGCACGAGUGAAGACAGUUUCGGAAGGUUUUGAAGCGAUUGCAAAACUGCCCGGGGUCAUCGGAUCUAUCGACGGAUCUCAUAUGGAAGUGAAGCCCCCAAGCGACGACAUGGACAGCUAUGGAAAUCGUCUGUCCUACUACAGUAUGGUUGUUCAAGCAGUAUGUGACAGUGAGAUGGUAUUCACAAACUGCUUUGCCGGAUACCCUGGGUCAGUGCACGAUGCUCGUGUCCUGCGAAGUUCGGAGCUGGGCCUUGAAGCUGGAGCGCACCAACCUUUGCUAUUUGCCUCCGAAACAUAUAUCAUUGGCGAUUCUGCCUAUCCGUUGGAGACCUGGCUGAUGGUUCCUUUCAAACAACAAGGUGGUCAUGCAUUUACCUGGCAGCAAGGUGUGUACAACCAUGCCCACGCUGACACAAGGAAGGUUAUCGAGCGAGCCUUUCGCCUGUUGAAGUGCCGUUGGAGGAAGCUACAGAUGAUCGACCUCGACUGUGCGGAGUACUACCCGCAGAUCAUUGUGGCAGCGUGUGUGCUGCACAACUUUUGCCGACUCCAUGACAUUGACGAUGUGGCAUUUCUCCAAGCACCAUGCGAGAACGCUGGGGCAGCCAACAACCCUGCUCCCCUUGAUGCACCUGUGUUUGCUGCAGAACAGGCUUCUCAGCAGCGACGUCAACAGCUCGUCACCUACCUCUCAUCAUGACCAUUGGAGUCAUGAUACGUGAUGUUCGUCUCAAUCGUCGGGCCUACUCCAAUGCUUUGGUGCCUUUUCGCUCUUGCAGCAUAAUUCUCACCAACCUGGCUUUGUGUUUCUCUUUCCUUAUGCGGUGCCAAGUGAUGGUUGCUUUUCCGAAGCCCUACGUCAAGAAGCAUGUUCCUGUGUGUGUAUGUGUGUGUGUGUGUAUGUGUGAGCGUGCGCGCGUGUGCAUGGUUGUUUGCCACAGAGAAUUGAUUCUUCUUCCUAUUAUAUUCAUCAUUAUAUUUCCCUUUCUUCAUUCCUACCGCAUUAGGAGCUGCAUCUGCGCCUUGAUCCUUGAAGGGUGGUGGCAGACGAUGCUCCCAAUUUGGCCCCAAUCGAGCCUCAUCUGGGAGCCAUAUGGGGACCUUCUGGCAUGCUUGGCUACACUUUCGUCCCAAGUAAUGUAUAAAGCGUAAAAUGGUUCCUAUUUGACCCCAACCGGGCCUAGUCUGGGACCCAGAUGGUGACUUCCCGCGCAUGCUUGGCUACUCCUUCAGCACAAGUAAUUCAUAAAGCAGAACGGAGUCCCAAUUUGGCCAUAAUCGGGGCUCAUCUUGGAGCCAGGUGGGGUCUUUCUUGGCAUGGUUGACUAUUUCAGCAGAUGUAAUCUACGAGAGAGCUUGGAAGCUCAGGGCCCUGCGCUAUGCUUUGUUGCCUAGCUCAUCGUGCAUGUUGGUAGAACUGAUGGAAAUGCUUUUUCCUUUGAUUAGCUACAUCAUUGUAUUGCAAAAACGUUUUAAUGAGAUACUGAAGUAACGUCUUCUGCAUAGCUAUGGAACCGGCGCUGACUCUGCCGUUAACGGGCGUUCUGGAGUCGACGGGAUGUCUGUCCUGACGUUUCCUGGGACCGGCGCUGACUCUGCCGAUCACGGGCGUUCUUCUUCUUCUUAUUAUUAUUAUACUGACGGCAACUAACAUCCAUUCUGAUUGUAUUUACUCGUCUCCCUACUUCGUAUUUCUUUCCAUACAGCAGGGAGUCGUUUACAUAAUAAUUAUGACUCCCUGCUAUACAUCUACAUGACUGUAUAUACGUUAUAAUUAUUAUGCUAUCGGCCUACAUGCGAUUCCCGGGCUGGUCGACAGGCGGCCCAGCCAGCCUGCUAGUGGGAUCUCGGCCUCGCACACAAAUCCACACAAAAUGUUACAGCACUGAAUGCAUUCCCCCGAUACACUUCGCAUAUAUACUCAUUCUCUUGUUGGUACCGUACCCUUGAUGGUACGGGACAGGUACGGGAUAGCGCCAGGCAUUUCGAUGGCACAAACAAACAAAAAUAUCGGGGCCAGCUGUCUUUGCUAGUACGGUACAGUACGGGACAGAUACGGGAUAGCGCCAGGCGUGACACAAACAAACAAACAAACAAACAAAUAAACAAACAAACAAAC